AUGGAGAAGUCGCAAACUAAACCCAAUUUGUACUUGCUCCUAGUUCUUGUGGGCAUUUCCCUGGGAGAUUCUAAGCACAGGAAUGGGAUUGACUUGACAGGUUUGGGUGAUGAAAUGUUUGGUAGUCCGGAUGAGAAAACCACAGGUGCUUUGGUCGCGGCUUACAAUAAGAAUUCCAAGCAGAAUCCCGAGGAACUGGGCACCUACUUGGAAGGUGAUAUACUGGUUCCAUUGAGCUACAAGUACUCGCGUAAUGGCAUUUUGGAGAUGAGUUCCCGCUGGCCGAGAGGAGUUGUGCCCUACGAGAUCGAAGGUUCCUUUUCCACCCAUGACUUGGACCAAAUAAAUCAGGUUUUUGCGGAAUACCACAAAAGAACCUGCGUGCAGUUUAAACCAAGGGCGAAGGAAGAAGAUUACAUUGCUAUUGUAAGUCGCAUGUCUGGCUGUUCCAGCCCCAUCGGACGAAUAGGUGGACGCCAGGAGGUGAAUCUGCAGUUGCCGGGCUGCCUGCGAAGAAUCGGCACUGCGAUCCACGAGGUGAUGCACUCCUUGGGCUUUUUUCACGAGCAGAAUCGCCACGAGCGGGAUUCCUAUGUCAAGUUGUUAAGUGAAAACGUCAGGCCGGGCAGGAUGAAGAACUUCCUGAAGUACAAUUCCAGCCAGGAGACAGGCUUCGGCGUGGAGUACGACUACGCCAGUGUGAUGCACUACUCGCCCAAGAGCUUCUCGUUUAAUGGACAGCCCACGUUGAAGGCAGUGCACAACACUCCGGAGGCUAGGAUAAUGGGUCAACGAGUUGGAUUUUCUCCAAGUGAUGUGCGCAAGAUCAAUGCCAUGUACCAAUGCAAGUUGUUCAGGAAAUGCAAGGUUUUUGGGAAACACCAUGCUCACAAGCACUGUAAAACUCUAUGGUUACACGUUUCUAAUCACAAGUAAUACCAUUUCACUCACAAUUCAA